GAUGGGUCCUUGGGGUUGUUGUAGUUCAUUAGCGCUGUUGAGCCUGCCCGGUCAUUUGACAGGGACGUAGUGUUGGCAAAGACGACACAACUACAGUAACCAGUACAGUUUUGUUCACCGUAGAACAUAAUGGCUUCCAUGUUGCUAAACGUGAUGCGGAGCUGUUCUGUUGGGCCAUCCUGGGGGGUGCGGUUUGGUGCGCGCUCUCUCAGUACGACAGCCCAGCUUCAGGCUCAGGUUCAGACAAAGAGCAAGAAGACACUGGCUCGGCCUGGUGUGAAGAACGUAGUAUUGGUGGAAGGAGUUCGAACCCCUUUCCUGUUGUCUGGAACCACAUAUGCUGACCUAAUGCCCCAUGACCUGGCCAGAGCAGCUCUGCAGGGACUGCUCCACAGGACAAGCAUACCCAAAGACGCUGUAGACUACAUUGUCUAUGGGACUGUCAUUCAGGAGGUCAAAACUAGCAACGUAGCAAGAGAGGCAGCAUUGGGUGCAGGCUUCUCUGACAAGAUCCCAGCUCACACCGUCACCAUGGCCUGUAUCUCCUCCAACCAGGCAAUGACCACAGCUGUUGGUCUGAUUGCUGCAGGCCAGUGUGACAUUGUUGUGGCAGGGGGGGUGGAGUUCAUGUCUGAUGUCCCUAUCCGUCACAGCCGUAAAAUGAGGAAGACCAUGCUGUCCCUCAACAAGGCAAAGACCCUUGGCCAGAGGCUCAGUCUGCUUGGCAGCAUCCGACUGGCACACUUCUCCCCAGAGCUUCCAGCUGUGGCUGAGUUCUCCACAGCCGAAACUAUGGGCCACAGUGCUGAUCGUCUGGCUGCUGCAUUUGGAGUGUCCAGGGUGGAGCAGGAUGAAUUUGCACUGCGUUCACACACACUUGCCAAAAAGGCCCAGGACGCUGGUCUGCUGCAGGAUGUCCUCUCCUUUAAAGUGCCAGGCCGUGAUAUUGUUUCCAAGGACAAUGGCAUCCGUCCAUCCUCCAUGGAGCAAAUGGCCAAACUAAAGCCCGCCUUCGUUAAACCUCACGGCACAGUCACUGCCGCCAACUCCUCCUUCCUGACUGAUGGUGCCUCUGCUGUGCUCAUCAUGUCUGAAGAGAAAGCUUUGGCUAUGGGUUAUAAGCCUAAGGCCUACCUCAGAGACUUUGUCUAUGUGUCUCAGGACCCCAAAGAUCAGCUGCUUCUGGGGCCAACAUACAGUACACCAAAAGUCCUGGAACGGGCUGGCUUGUCUUUGAGUGACAUUGAUGUCUUUGAGUGUCACGAGGCAUUUGCAGGUCAAAUAAUGGCAAAUCUGAAGGCUAUGGACUCGGACUGGUUCGCACAGACGUACAUGGGCAGGAAAUCGAAGAUUGGGGCUCCUCCCAUGGAGAAAUUCAACCUGUGGGGGGGCUCUCUGUCUUUGGGUCACCCAUUCGGAGCCACAGGCUGCAGGCUGGUGACCACGACGGCGCACCGGCUGCAGAAAGAGGGCGGUCAGUACGGAGUGGUGGCAGCUUGUGCUGCUGGAGGACAGGGUCAUGCCAUGGUGAUCGAGGCCUACCCGAAGUAAAGCCUUUAAAACACCAUCUGUAUUUCUAUCCUCAGUUUCAUCAUGACAGAGUGUACGUACUAGCACCGCUUUGCCUUGAUUAGCAUGUGCAUAGACACAUAGAUGUAUGUGAGGAAGCUGUGCACAUUCAUUUUCACCUAGAGGCUGUUAAAAUAUGGCAGAUCAUUGUCUUUGGUUCUGUGGACUUUGAGGUGUCAUAUCAGCGUUGUGACUGAGUCGAAUGGAACGAUAAAGUUUAAGCACUUAGACGAGCGACAGUGCUAAUGUUUAUAUACACUGUAAUAUUUGUUUCUUACAAACUGUUGGAAUUAAAUAAUGUUUGCUGGUUUUCCUAGUUUUUUUUAAUGAGAGUAAAAUUAAUAUGUUUGGGUCUUAGGCUGUUGGUCAGACAAAACAAGUAACUUCAGUCAGACAUCUGAAUGCAUGCUAAUUAAUUUUGCAGACACUUUGGUUGAAUGCAAUGUUUAAAUGGAGUACAACUGAAGACACAGGAGAUCCAGGAGAAUAAUGUGAAGAGUUAUGAUGAAGGAAAAAAAAAAUACUUUAACGCCCUUGAUGUUUUGGUUUCAAAUAUCAAGUAUUUUCUGUAACAAUACAAACCUAUAAAAUACAGUGUUUUCUCAUAAUAAAUCAAAGAAUUUGGCAGAAAUA